AAUCCAUUACCAUAUCUACGAAAAAUCCCAUUUUUCUCUUUUGUAAACCCAAAUCACCUCAUCUUCUUGACAAACCAGUGAAUACCCAAAAAAAAGUUCAAAACUUUACAAAAAUGGCCACUGUUGCCUCCACCGCCGUCGCAAUCCCAUCCUUCACCGGCCUCAGAGCCAACUCCUCCGCCGCAAAACCCACGACGGUGUCCGUCUCCACCGCCGUCAAGACCCCAAAACUCACCGUCAAAGCCUCUCUUAAAGACAUCGGAGUCACCACCGUCGCCGUAGCCGCCGCCGCCUCCGUGGCUCUCGCCGCCGGAAACUCCAUGGCGAUGGAGGUUCUGCUGGGAGGAGAUGAUGGGUCGUUGGCCUUCGUGCCGAACGACUUCACCGUAGCGAAAGGAGAGAAGAUAGUGUUCAAGAACAACGCGGGGUUCCCACACAACGUGGUCUUCGACGAGGACGAGGUUCCGAGUGGAGUGGACGCGAGCAAGAUCUCGAUGGACGAACAGGAUCUGCUGAACGGCCCUGGAGAGACGUACGAGGUUGCCUUGACGGAGCCUGGAACCUACAGCUUCUACUGCUCGCCACAUCAGGGUGCGGGUAUGGUCGGAAAAGUCACCGUCAACUAAAGGGUAGAUUCGAGGGGUUUCAGAAUAAAGAACUAUUGCACCAUGUUUGUGUUGUUUUUUGGUAUUGAUUGACAAUAUAUAAUAUGUUGUCAUUUGUUUUUUUUUUCUUUUUUUCUUUUGGAUUUAGAGGGUUUUCUGAA